AUCAUCACCCUCCUCACCCUCCUCACCGGCACCAUCCCCAGCGUCCCCACAGCGGAGGUGUCCUGGGCAGCGUCCGGAUCGCGCGGCUUUGAAGAGGAUUCCAAUCUUGUGACCCACAGCAGUCGUUCUCCUGAAGAAAAUCCCGUUUUCUGUGCCACCACCCCCACCAAAAACCAUGGAGAAGUUUGUAUCAGAAAGGCCUGUUCCUGCCUCUAAGAAUGAAAUCCUUACUCUUCCUUCCCAGAAGAAGCCAGAUACAAACUCAUGUCCUCAUGCACCUGUCAAAUAUUUAGUCCCUGGUGGGGUGGAGACUGAGAACUGCAAGGCUAAUGAGAAGGAGAGGCAGUGGAUGCGCCCUGAUACACCCAGCAAAUGCACCUGGAAGCUUGGGAAGCCCCUCUCUGCCUCCCCCCAUCAUCAUGUCACCCUGCCAGAGCCUCUGAAGAUCCUGCCAAACAUCCUGAAUAAAGUUGGCAACACACCUUUGGUGCGGAUCAACAAGAUUGGGAAGCACUUUGGGCUCAAGUGUGAACUCUUGGCCAAGUGUGAGUACUUCAACGCGGGGGGCAGCGUGAAGGACCGCAUCAGCAUCAGGAUGGUGGAGGAUGCUGAGAAGGCUGGGAUCCUGAAGCCUGGGGACACCAUCAUAGAGCCAACCUCUGGGAACACAGGGAUCGGGCUGGCCUUGGCGGCGGCAGUGAAGGGUUACCGCUGCAUCAUCGUCAUGCCAGAGAAAAUGAGCAUGGAGAAGGUGGAUGUCCUGAGAGCUCUGGGUGCUGAGAUUGUGAGGACCCCAACCACAGCCAGAUUUGAUUCUCCUGAAUCUCACGUGGGAGUGGCCUGGAGGUUGAAGAAUGAAAUCCCCAAUGCACACAUCCUGGACCAGUACCGCAAUGCCAGCAACCCCCUGACCCACUACGACACCACGGCUGAGGAGAUCCUGCAGCAGUGUGAUGGAAAGGUGGACAUGGUGGUGGCCACGGCUGGCACAGGAGGUACCAUCACUGGCAUCUCCAGGAAGCUGAAGGAGAAGUGUCCAGGGUGCAAAAUUAUAGGUGUGGAUCCUGAAGGCUCCAUCCUUGCUGAACCAGAAGAACUGAACAAGACUGACAAGACAAUGUAUGAAGUGGAAGGAAUUGGAUAUGAUUUUGUCCCCACAGUGUUGGAUAGAUCUACAGUGGACCAGUGGUACAAGAGCAAUGAUGAGGAGUCAUUUGCCUUGGCACGGAUGAUGAUCCGCGAGGAGGGGCUGCUGUGUGGGGGCAGCUCGGGCAGUGCCAUGUCUGUGGCUGUGAAGGCGGCCAAGGAGCUGAAGGAGGGUCAGCGCUGUGUUGUCAUCUGCCCUGACUCCAUCAGGAACUACAUGUCCAAGUUCUUGAGUGACAAAUGGAUGAUUCAGAAAGGGUUCAUGAAAGAAGAAGACCUUGGCAACAAACCCUGGUGGUGGAACAUCAGUAUUCAGGAACUGAGCCUCUCUGCCCCCCUGACUGUGCUUCCAACUGUUACCUGUGCAAAGACUGUGGAAAUUCUCCGGGAGAAGGGAUUCGACCAGGUACCAGUUGUUGAUGAAUCUGGGGUGAUUCUGGGCAUGGUUACCCUGGGUAACAUGCUUUCCUCACUGCUUGUUGGAAAAGUUAAGCCUUCUGAUGAAGUCAGAAAAGUAAUCUACAAGCAAUUUCAACAGAUUAACCUGAAAGACAACUUGGGGAAACUCUCUCACAUCCUGGAAAUAGACCACUUUGCUCUGGUGGUUCAUGAACAAAUUCAAUAUCACUCGGAUGGCUCCUCCAGCAAGCGGCAGAUGGUGUUUGGCAUCGUGACAGCCAUCGACCUCCUGAACUUCGUGACCGCACGGGAGCGCGAGAGGAAAUCCAACUAGAGCCAAGCAGCAACGUGGAGCCUCCUCAACAUUCUACAAUCUCUAACAAAGAAUCAGGUUUAUGUCUUAAGUAGAAUAGGGUUUUUUGGGUUUUUUUGUGCUUUUUUUUUUGGUUGGUUUUGGGUUGUUUUGUUUUGUUUUUUAAUUCUGAAAAUAAGCAGUUAGCUAUCCUGGUGUCAGCUAUCCAGCCAAUGUGUCUUGCUGUAUUGCCCAGCUUCUGGGACUUGUUUCUUAAUCAGGCUAAGCAAUAUUUCUUAUCAAGACAAUUUAUUUUUUUACCUAUAUAUAUACAUAUAUGUAUGUGUAAAAAAUGCUGCCUGAAUUAACUGGUUUGUUCCUUACUUGUUAUGUCUGGCUUUCCAAAGGCUGGCUUUCCAAAAUGUUGUUUCAGAAUAAUAAAAUGUGUUGAAAUAAAGAGUUACUGAAGAAGAGGCCCAAGA